UUCUUCUCCACAGGAGGCGCUAUCAAGCUGUCAUUUGAUCCCUCGCUGACGAUAGAGCAGGUAGAGAGUGAAAACAGGGAGGUGGUGGAGGGUCAGUAUAACCCCUCUGACUGUGAGGCCAGACAGAGCGUGGCCAUCCUUAUCCCUCACAGAAACAGAGAGAAGCACCUGCUCUACCUCCUCCACCACCUCCACCCGUUCUUACAGAGGCAGCAGCUUCACUACGCCAUCUACAUCAUUCACCAGGCUGGAGAUGCUACAUUUAACAGGGCAAAGUUAUUAAAUGUGGGCUACCUCGAGGCUCUGAAAGACCAGAGCUGGGACUGUUUCAUCUUCCAUGAUGCUGAUCUAGUUCCUGAGAACGAUCAUAAUUUAUACAUGUGUGAGGAUCAGCCUAAGCACUUAGUAGUGGGGAGGAAUUCCACUGGGUACAAACUCCGAUACAAGGGUUACUUUGGGGGAGUUUCGGCCAUGACGAAGGAGCAGUUCCACAAGGUCAAUGGCUUCCCAAACUCCUACUGGGGCUGGGGUGGAGAGGACGAUGACCUGAGAAUAAGGGUGACGCUGCAGAAAAUGUCAAUAAUCCGUCCAUCCCUGGAAGUGGCGCGCUACACCAUGGUCUUUCACAAUCGGGACAGCGGCAAUCAAAUCAAUGAAGAAAGGAUGCAUCUGUUACGCCGCACUCAUCAGGCGUGGAAAACUGAUGGCUUGAACUCCUGUUCCUACAAGAUUCUGUCUGUCCACAGAGCACCACUCUUCAUCAACAUCACCACGGACAUUGGCCAGCCGGAGAGUGCUCUUUGAGUUUUUGGAUUCACUGGCAUUCACCAGUGCCAGUCAGAUCUAGUGCUAAGUGUUGUUGUUCACACCAGCUUGCACUGUGGAUCUGUUCAACUUUACUCUUUAUGGCCCUGAGAGAUGAAAUGGCCAGAAUUCUGAUCAAACACUACUUUUUAAGUAUUACAGUAAUCACGUAGAAUUGAAUUAGUCUGGACGGGUGAACCUUUCGGGGUUGAAUUUCCAAUCAUUACCUCUAGUUAUGAAGUUAUAGGUUCAUAUAAUGGGACUUGUGCUCAUUUAGGUCAUUACAAAAUAUGGCACAGCAUCUGGGAGUAAUGGAAAUCAAAGAAGCUGGACCUGACUGAUCAAUAGUAUUUAGACUUAAAUAUUGAUAUGAAUGUAUAUGGGCAGAGGAGGUGUGCCUAAGUCUUUAUAAUAAGUCUGCAUGUUCUACAGUGAUGAUGAUUUCAGCUGAACGUGCUUAUAAUGUCUGUCUGGUGGAAAAAAAUUAUAGAUAUUGUAGUGGGUGUUUGGGUCCAAUGAUAUGGUUUAAUCAGUUCAGUUUCGUUUCAGUGAAAUGUAGCUGUAGAUGGGUUAAUUAUUUUACAUGUAGGUCAUUGUUCAGACGCAAUGGCUGUUCAACUCAUAAAACUGUGUGGUGUUACUGUAUCUCACUGAAUUUAUGAUCAAAGGAAAUGAGACUUUUGUUUACUUAGGAUAAUAUCGUCUUCUAGGCGAAAUCUUCUCUGUUUUGAAAGAUCACAUGCUGUCACGAUCAGAAUUUGUUAGAAAUUAAAAUGAUCCAUAAAACCUUUUUUAGUGCAAUUCUUUGUACAGUUCAUGCAAGACGGAAGCUUUUCAGAAACUGAGUUUGACACGUUGCAUUUCAACACAUGACCGUCUCAUCAAACCUGCUAAUUGUUGAGUAUGGGGAUAGAACUAUAAGUUUGGCUUUUUUUUUUUAAACCAUUACACUGUAAAAACUAUAAAAAGUGCAUGAGGAUCUGUUAAGUAACAUCAUAUUUUCUAUGGGCCUUAUUGGCUUGAUUUGUUUUUUUAUUCUAGAAAACCUGGUAUCAUAAGUAAAAAGCAAAACUUUACAUUCUGUGGCACAUUUAAAAUGAUUUGGGUGUUGUAACAGUAUGAAUUGUAUACCGUGCAGAAAUCAUGGGCCAAAGGUUUGUGAAUAUUAAUGAGAACUUUCCACAAAUCGGGUACAAAUUAGUAUCCCAUUACUUUUUGUAAAGGAAUCAAAUUCGUUCUAUGCAAUAGGAACUAUUCAAUUAAAAACUGUUAUCUAACAUAAAAUGACCGCAUGAGAAGCAUUUACUUUUGAAAACACUGAAUAUCUCUACUCCAGCCAGCUCUCUAAAUAUUGAUAAAAAAAAAAAAAA